GACCGGACCGAAAUAAAAGGAAGAUGCGCCCGUCCAAAGCGGACGCCGACCCAGAGCCCAAAGGUUGCCGAGGAGAGUCAGCCAGAAGCGCCCCAGAGCCAAGGCGAUGGAGAGAUACAGCAAGGCAGAGACCCUGGAGCUGCGGAGGAAGCAUAUCGGGCCCUCGUGCAAGGUGUUCUUCGCUAAGGAUCCCAUUAAGAUUGUACAGGCUCAAGGGCAAUAUAUGUUUGACGAGAAUGGAGAAAAAUACUUGGACUGCAUCAAUAAUGUAGCACAUGUUGGGCACUGCCAUCCAGACGUGAUCAAAGCUGCAGUGAAACAGAUGGAACUUCUCAAUACCAAUUCCCGUUUCCUCCAUGACAAUCUGGUCCAAUAUGCCCAACGCCUCACAGCUACACUUCCAGAGCAGCUAUCAGUUUGCUAUUUUGUAAACUCUGGAUCCGAAGCAAAUGAUCUCGCUUUACGUCUAGCUCGACAAUAUAGUGGUCACCAAGAUGUGAUUACUCUUGAUCAUGCUUACCACGGCCAUGUUACUUCCUUGAUUGACAUCAGCCCAUAUAAAUUCAAUCAGUUGGGGAAAGAUGGCAAAAAGGAAUUUGUCCAUGUGGCGCCUUCUCCAGAUAUAUACAGAGGAAAGUACAGAGAAGACCAUCCAGAUCCAGCAAGUGCUUAUGCUGAUGAUGUCAGAAAAAUUAUUGAAGAAGCUACAAAGAAUGGCCGAAAGAUCGCUGCUUUUAUUGCUGAGUCCAUGCAGAGUUGCGGAGGCCAAGUAAUUCCACCUACAGGCUAUUUCCAGAAAGUGGCAGAAGCUGUCCAUAAAGCAGGUGGUGUUUUCAUAGCUGAUGAAGUCCAGGUUGGUUUUGGACGAGUUGGAAAAUGUUUCUGGGGAUUCCAACUACAAGGUGAAGACUUUGCGCCUGACAUUGUCACUAUGGGAAAGCCAAUUGGAAAUGGCCAUCCAAUGUCUUGUGUAGUUACAACAAGAGAGAUUGCUGAAGCCUUUGGAGCCUCUGGAUUGGAGUACUUCAAUACUUUUGGUGGCAAUCCAGUAUCCUGUGCAAUUGGCUUAGCUGUUUUGGAUGUAAUAGAAAAAGACGAUCUCCAAGGGAAUGCCACACGUGUUGGGAACUACCUCAAUCAACUACUGAUGGAACAAAAACAAAAACAUCCAUUGGUGGGAGAUGUCAGAGGUGUUGGCUUAUUUGUUGGUGUAGAUCUUGUGAAGGAUCGACAAAAAAGAACACCGGCCACUGCAGAAGCGCAGCAUAUAAUCUACAAGCUAAAAGAGCAGAAAAUUCUUCUGAGUGCAGAUGGUCCUUACAGAAACAUACUGAAAUUCAAGCCACCCAUGUGUUUCAGUAUGGAAGAUGCAAAGUCUGUGGUCAUUCAAAUUGAUAAACUUCUCACUGAUUUAGAAGAAGCAACUAUACACAAACCUAGAAAUGGAUUACCUACAAGUACACAAUGCAAGCGAAAAGUGCCUGCUGAAGAGAGUUCACACUCGGAAUGUAUCAGUGAAAACAUCAGCCACAUCAACAGGAAUGCCUGCAGACAAGAAAAUGUUUUUUCCACCGAAAGCCAGACAGUCUCUUGCAAAAGGAUCAGGACAUAAAUUAAAGACUUACAAAAAAGAACAAUAACGUAUGGUUGGGUGUGUUUAAAAACAAAUGGAUAUGUCAUAUUGCUGUACAUGUUAUACUGUCUGGGGGGAACAUAAAUGUUCAUCUGCUUGUAAGCUACAUUUGGACUAUAUCCUAGCAUAAAACUAGCACAGUUGCUUUUGUUUAAAAUGUCUAACAUAGGAUUUGACUGAACCAUCUUCUAUUUGAGAUUUAGUGUUCAUUGUCAAGAUAUUAAUAAUAUUCCAUGUUUUAAUGGAUGAUGUACUACACUGCGCAGCAUUCUGGUGGGGCCAUUCAUGUCAAUGCUGAUAUUUUACAAAACUGUACAAUUAACAUUUUCUCUCUAGAAACCCCACAUCAGCUAUUUUAAUAAGGGAGAGGAAUGAAACUAGCCUAAACUCCUUUGAUUUGUUUAAGAGAUUUCAUUUUCUUGUUGUCUACAGCAUACAUGCCACCUGUUUACUCAUGAGAUCACCUCCUCCAGCCUCAGAUAUGUGCAAGGCAGUGAUCUAGUUGUUUUUCUGUUCCAUGUUGAAGAUGUUAUUAUUGACUAGAUUGUAUUGUGGCUGAAAAUCUGAAAGAACAAUUGUUUGGAUACAUCAGCUAGAAUACUAUUAAUGACAGAUGUGAGUGUGACCUAGGGUUAUGUGUACAUGUAUCUUUUUAACUUAGCAACAUAAGGAGGUAUCCAAUGCUACUUGCACAGCUUGAUUCAAAGGGGAAGUAUACAGCCUAGGGGAGAAUAAAACAUCCAGCAGCAACCAAGAGAGAAGACAAGACAAAAUAUUGCCUUCCUGGAUUUUCACUGUAUUCACUGGAUAUCCCAGACCACAAUGGCUAUUUUUUCGUCUCAGGUGCAUAGUUGUUGCCAAAUUCUUCCUGGGCACCCUGCACCCUUCUCAGUCACUAAAUGACUUUUAAGACAUGAGUUGCAACUAGAAAAAUGGUGCAGCAUGGGCAGUGAAGCAUACUUAUGCAGAGCAAAGGGUUAUGCCCUGUCUGCAUAGAUAUAAGAUCUUGACACAUGUCUUCUAAUUCCAUAUAUCAGUUGUGUCUUUAAUGUUAUCAGCAUUCUUUAUGAACUCUUGAUAGAAAGCUCAUUUGCUCUAUAUUAGCCACCCCCAUUGUUUAUUCCAAAGAAUAAAGCUAUGUUGACCUCUGAGACCAUGUGUUCUGAAAUAAAUAAUUUUCCAUCAGUUUAUAA